AUGCAGUCCAAGAUCUUCAACGCCGCCGUUGCUGCUCUCUCACUGCCCGCAGUGCAAUGUGCAGUUGCGCCCAGACAAAUUUCCAUUACCCCUGGCUUAAUUGUUCUUCCCGGCAUCACCAUUGACCCCAACACUCUCGGACCCCAGCUGUCGGUGUUCCAAACUCUCGACCUUGUCCGCGAGGAUGUUGGCAAGACUAUCAAUCUUGUCAACCAGAUCACGAACACUACCGCUGGUACCCUGCUUGGAACGGUUUCUGUAGCUACUACUGUAGUUGGCCAGGUCACUAACAACGUGGGGACCAUUUUGGACAAGGUCACUCAACUUACCAACUUAAUCACGCCCACUCUUCCGGCUCCUACUACUCCUGCGCCCCCAAACUUGCCGGAUAUUGGUGGCACGGCCGAGACUCUUGUCCGUACGGUUCAGGAGCUCACCAGGGCGGUCACCGCUCAGCUCGAUGCCCUCCGCAACCAGGCUGUCGGGCUAGCCGCAGCAACCUUGCUUCCUCUUGUUGCCACUUUGCAGGUGACCUUGCAAACCGCCCUCAACCUCGUCGGCGUCGCCUCCGGUCUCGCCCUCUCCCUGGCGGCUAGCGCCGUUUCUAACGUUCAGACUGUCGUUGAUCGAGUCCUCAACGCCAAGGCCAAGCUGACAGGCGUCCUUGUCAUCGGCAUCCAGCCGGACAUCAGCUUCUAA